UUAAGGGUUGAAGAAGCACCGAAAAACUAACACCCUUUAAACUUAUACUCAAAAACUGAUAAAAUCUCAAACCUCAAUCGGCUUCUUCUCCUUUCUAAAUUUCAAAUCUCUCUCUCAAGAGAUCUCUCCGAUGAAAAUGUUUCCGAUCUGUGGAUUUAUGAUCUCUGUUACAUUACUGCUACUAAUUCCGACUUUCUCUUCGCCGGACUGUAAUUUUCCGGCAGUAUUCAACUUCGGUGAUUCAAAUUCGGAUACUGGUGGUUUAUCGGCGAUGUUCGGACAAGCUCCUCCGCCUAACGGCGAAACUUUCUUCCAUUCUCCUUCCGGCCGCUACUGCGAUGGCCGUCUACUAAUCGAUUUCAUAGCUGAAGGUUUAGGAAUACCUUAUCUUAGUCCAUUUUUGGAUUCAAUGGGUACAAAUUUCAGCCAUGGAGCCAAUUAUGCGACAGCUGGAUCCACAAUCCGACGUCAAAACACUACAAUUUUUCAAAGUGGGUAUAGCCCGAUUUCUUUAGACAUUCAGUAUGCAGAGUUCUUUGAUUUUUUGAACAGAUCCCAAAUAAUCCGACAAAAAGGAGAUGUCUUUAAGGACUUGUUUCCUGAAAUGGACAAGUUUUCAAGCGCAUUGUACACAUUUGAUAUAGGCCAAAAUGAUCUCACUGCUGGGUAUCGACUUAAUAUGACUACUGAAGAAGUAAAAGCAUACGUUCCUGAUGUUAUAUCACAGUUUACAAAUAUUGUGAAGGUAAUUGGAAAAAGGCGUGUUUCACUGGGGCAAUUAGGGAAUCCCACUUUUCAGAUGUUGGUAUGCAAGCAAGCGGUUGUCUGUUGCUAGAAACAUUGUAUCAGGGAUUAAUAUGAUUUCCAUGUCUUGUGGGAAUGAUGUUUCAAGGCUGACUUUUUGGUGGUCAAACAUUGUUGUACUGAGGGAUAUGAUUACCCAAGCAUUUGGAAAUAAACAAUCCAAUAAGUCCGAUGUCACGAAUUAAUUUGACGAUUGACAAGAAACAAGAACAUUCACAUCUCAACUUGAGAAAAUCGAGUCAGGGAUCUUUUCUGAAUCAUUGAGUCUAUUUGGUGCCAGACUUUGAAGCCUAAAAUGCUUACAAAUGAAGCAAAUGCAAAGUUACAUGGAGACUUUUCCACUAAUCUAUGUCAAAAUGCUCUUCAUGAUGCUUUCAAGAGAGUUUGUCCUGUUUGUGCAGGGGGGCAUGAAUGUGGUUGCCUCUCAUUUUUGGGAAGAAUGGCAAGUUCGGAUGACUUUUUUAGAAGAUAAAUAGUUGUUGAUGCUAUUGAAAUGAAUGAAAUAAAUUGUCAUCAAUUUCAUUAAUAUCCUUGAAAUUUUAAAUGAUCAGGUGAUGGAACAUUGUGUUUCCAGACUUGAUGUAACCAUGUUCAAUUCAAUUCUCCAUGAUGAAAUUCCAUCCAAUCAUGUAAGAAUCCUACAUGACUUUCGAUUGAUGACCGACGUACUGCUCACAGACACGGAACAAGAACAAAAGGAGGGUAGCUAUGUUGCGAUAAGUUGUUAUCUUUCCUCUGAUUACCUUUCUGCUUCAUUAUCCCAAUUUGUAGAAUUUGGAUUAGGGUUUUCUGUAACAUCAAUUUUUAAUAUUUUAAUUGCCCAAACAUCUGGAUAUUCUGUGAGUAUUCAAUGUUAAUACUUAUUUUCAAUUUUCAUAAACAAAAGGUAUUUUUUAAAACAAAUUGUAAUGUAUAUUGUGGUUUUUUUUUUUCACUCAUUUAUCUUCCAACAAAAUGUCUGGGAUACUUCCAUUUAGACAUGCUCAGAUACCAACGUUAACUUACCUGUAAGUAUAUGUUCAUUUCUCCUAAUCUCUCACUCACAGCUGAAAAGUGUAACAAUUUCCCAUUGAUUUCUAAUUUUCAGGUAUCUAGAUCUCAAAUCAAUUUACUUACAAGCAUCUUUAUCUGAAAGACACUAUACUUAUAGUUAGAUCAUGCUUUGUUUCAACUUCAAAGAUGCAGAGGCGGUGAAAGGUGUGAGCAUAAGAUGACAUGUACCAAUUCUAUGUGGCAGAACAUAACACGUAGCAAAGAAAAAUAUAAGUGGUCCAUUAGGAACAAAUCACUGUUCCUAAGGGUAUCAACUUUAACAUCCUAAAAAUAAUUACCUGCUGACAGUGAACUUGAAACUCCUGACAAUGAACUUCAAACUGGUAUAAUUUGUUUCAGUUAAAAAAAUAAGCAAAUACAAGACAAGACAAAAUGCUUCCCUUUUGUGCA